GCAAUGCCAAGCUUGCCAGCCUUACGUUCGCUCUGGAGCUGGAACGGCGGCUGCGUAAUGCAGCCGAGAAUGAUGGCAUCACCUCGCAUGCCAUCAACCCAAACGCCGUGCUCACGGACUUUCAGAAGUCGCUGUCGGCAAGCUCCGAAAGAUCCGCCAUGUCAUAUCUGCCCCCAGUGUGGAUUGCUGGAAAGGUCUUCGGUUUCCUUGGAUCGCGAUUCCGGGAGAUGACGAUGCGCUCCAUACAGCACGGGGCUUCAGCGAUCGUCCACGUUGCUACUUUGCCGGCCCUCCAGGCCAGCGGGGGCGGUCUGUUCGAUGACACGGAGACCGCCUUUACAAAGUGUGGCCGGACCGCGGCAUAUUGUGGGCGGGUUCCUGAAUCCUGGCUGCCUUCUGUCACCUUGGAUGAGCAG